AUGUCAACAAGCGAGCAGUCGGUUUCUGUCGGCGAAAAUAUACCCGGAAGCGUGUCUAUUGUCUGUGUCGGCCAGCUUGCAAACCGAACCUUCGAGUUCAUUGACCGGCUGGCACCGACGGUGAAGGCCACGCCACAUACUUCCUCCUUGCGCACGAGACCAAGAGUAGAGCUCGAGUUGCCGCAGCGUCAGGGCCACGUGCAGCUACACUUUAUAAACGACGCAGAUAUCAGACAUAAUGGGGACAGCCCUGCUUUUGUGGAAGACUGGCCGGAUAUGGACGGUCGAAUACUAUGUUACGAUGUUUCGAAUCGGUCGUCGUUUUUGGACAUGCUGGAUCUGCUAGCUGGUGACGAUCAAACUCCUGCGGCUUUGGUUGGAUGGGACUUUGAACGGCAACCACGUCAAGUGGAGCGAGAACUUGGGAUCAAGCUGGCAAAUGUCUUCCAAUGCCUUUUCAUCGAAAGAACGUGGAGGGAGGUCACAGCGGAGGAUUUCAUGUUCAUCUUCAAUCACUUGCGCAAGAGCUCUGCGAAGCAAGGUCCAAAAGAUGAUUCUGCGCCUGGGGAGCCCAUCUAUAUGCACCUGAAGUCACAGCUUGCGCAAAUGCGAGGGUCAUCAACGUCGCUGCCUCUGAAAGUAGCUCAGGACUUUGGCGCGGCAUCGGGCGAGUUCGGAGUAUACCCAAUGCCGCGACUGCAGAUGCAGGAAGCGGAAGAUAGCUCGCUCCUGAAUGAGAAUGGCGAAGACUCCAACAAAGAAACUAUAUCGCCCUCAGCGUCAAGCGAAUCGAUUGCUACCCGUGAGAAUGCCGGGCAUACCACGGAAAACUCUACAUACCAUUCGGUUUCAGAAUCGGACGCGGAAGAGCGUAGGGAGUCCAGUACGCGGGACAUACUGGAUUUGCCGAGCGACAGCAGAGCGAGUGGAGCUCUUGGCGAGUCAUUUGACGUAUAUAGUCCAGUGGAUUGGCAAGCAUUACGGUCUCCAUCAGAUGAUGGUCAAGCAAGCGUAAUCUCCAAUGCGUCAACAUCUAAUGAACGCUUAGGUUUCACCAUGGAUGAGUUGAUCGAGAGACUGGCGUCACCAACCGCACACGAUAUGGAGUUCACCAAGGUGUUUCUGAUGCUGUACCGGAAGUUCCUAAGGCCCAGUGAGCUUCUUGACAGGCUUAUGGAUCGGUUUGAUGCUUAUGAGAACAAAGAUACGGAUGGGAAUGCGAGAGGAGCGCCUAUCAAUGCAGUCCAAUUACGCGUUUGUAAUAUCCUUGUUCACUGGUGCGCGGAGUAUUGGUGCGACUUUCAUUCCGAUAUCAUGCGCUUCACAAUGCACGUGUUUCUUGAGAUAUGCUCCACCCGACCAGCUUAUGCUGCAAUCUGUCAGAAGCUGGGGAGCCUUGUGUUUCGAGACCCGCCCUCCGAAGCAGAAAUGGAAGCACUGGAUUGGGGACUACCCGACUUCAGCGAUGACGAGGUUGACGAAAACAGCUCGGUCGCGCCUGCUUCGCUAUCCGCAAAUGAUGUAUCAGAGUUGAGAAAUCAGAAUCGAGACUCUACGCAGACGCAACUUUCGGAUAGUGGGACGGAUUACGGGCAAAGCAGUUCCUCGAAUAUCACAAGACGAGCCACAUUUGGCAAUGGAGGGGCUGGCCCUGACAUUGCGCCUGCUGCAGAUGGAGGAGCCGCCGGCGGCUUCGCUUCGGGCAGGACGGUCGAUCGCCAUUCUGCUGCAUCCAAUCACUCUGGAACAUCUGAUGGUUCGAGCGGAUCGAGGAGGCGUGUGCAUUCAGACCCACGGUUGGCAGAUCCAAGGGGGAUGCCGAGCACCACUACAUCCAGCAUGACGUUCCUGGAGCUGGAUAAUGAAGCCAUCGCUCAGCAGCUGAACGUGUUGGAGAGUGAGAUCUUCAGGAGGAUCAAGCCACGAGACCUUCUCCAACAUAUCUGGAGUCGAAGGUAUAAAGGACGACACGCUCCCUCUGUCGCGGCCAGCAUUGGGCAUUUCAAUUUUAUCUCCUCAUGGGUGACAACGCGAAUCCUCUCCCAACGAAAGCUGAAAAUCCGAGCGCAGGUUCUUGGCAAGUUCAUGAAGAUCGCGCAGGCUCUCCGAAAUAGUAACAACUACAACACGCUGAUGGCUGUCUUGGCUGGCAUCAACAGUGGUGCUAUCCUCCGACUGGUGCACACGCGUAAGCUCCUGAAAGGCCGCCAAUCAUAUCGCAACUAUCAAGCGUUGGAGAAGCUGAUGAGCUCGGAGCACGCGUUUGCUGCAUACCGACAAGCGUUGAAGUAUAGCGAGCUCCCGUGCAUUCCAUACCUAGGCGUCUUCCUUCGCGAUAUGCUCUACAUCGACGAAAGCAAAGACAAGCGCGCCGACGGAACAAUCAACCUUCCCAAGUUCCUCCACAUGGGCGACGUCAUCCUCAUGAUCCAGAACUACCAGUCGAGAACCUACCACGUCCCACCGGAUCCGUACAUCACAACUCUGAUCUUGAGUCAGCCUGUCAUGACGGAAGAGCUGGCGUAUGAACGGUCGUUCGAAUUGGAGCCGAGAGUGAGCUCGUCCUCGCCCAAACGAUCGUCCAAGUGA